GGAUCCAAAGGAAAAAACUUUCACGUUGACUCGAGGAAGAAACCAAGGGAAUGGAAAAAUCCUGCGUUGACAGAAGCAGCCAAUGAGAUGAAAAGAUUCCACCUCUAAAGUGGCGGUGGAACCAAUAGGGUGAAUAGUGCCCAGGAGCGCGCUACAAUGGGACGGCAGGGCCCGCCUCCGGCCGCGAGGAGGGCCAAUGUCCUCUGCACUCCUACUGCGCGAUUGCCCACCCCUGGCUGGCGACAGGACAGAGUACUCCUGGAAGAUGGCUGCGGCUGUGGUGCGAGCCGCGGUGUUGAGAGCCGUGGCGUUCGCAGGGCUCCGGGGGGCGCAGGUCCGGAGAGCCUCGGGUGUGAGUGAUGAGAGCGAAGUGGCUAAGGCGCAGAAAGCAGCUCCUGGAGGAGCAGCACCAACCAUCUUCUCCCGGAUCCUGGACCGAAGUCUUCCAGCUGACAUUCUGUUUGAGGAUCAGCAGUGUCUCGUCUUCAGUGAUGUGGCCCCUCAGGCUCCUGUGCAUUUCCUGGUCAUUCCUAAGAAACCUAUUCCUCGGAUUAGUCAAGCCGAAGAAGAAGACCAGCAGCUUCUAGGACAUCUUCUCCUUGUGGCCAAGAAGAUAGCAAAGGCUAAGGGCCUAGGAGAUGGAUACCGACUUGUGAUCAAUGAUGGGAAGAUGGGCGCACAAUCUGUGUAUCACCUGCACAUUCACGUGCUUGGGGGCCGGCAGCUCCAGUGGCCUCCAGGUUGAACCUGCCAACUGACCAAGGACCCCCAGACCUGGAUGCUUGGAUGGGGAAGGGAAAAAGGAAGCCCAUGAUGCUAAUAAACCUCCUCUC